AUGAAUAUUAUGAUGAAGAGAAGGAAGCCCAAAGAAGCCGAAUCCAUAUUCGAUGGUCUAAUGGAAGAUGGACACAAGCCAACCCUUCUAACCUACACCACUCUUGUUGCUGCAUUGACUCGUCAAAGGCGUUUCAAGUCCAUCCUCUCUUUGAUAUCCAAAGUUGAAGAAAGUGGGCUGAAACCUGAUUCCAUACUCUUCAAUUCGAUCAUCAAUGCAUUUUCUGAAUCUGGAAAUGUAAAAGACGCAAUGAUAAUUUUCCAGAAGAUGAAGAGCAGUGGAUGUAAGCCCACCACCAGCACUGUCAAUACUCUUAUCAAAGCAUAUGGAAAUGUUGGUCAGCCCGAACAAGCUUCAGAGUUGUUGGAGUCAUUUUUAAAGGAAGAAGACGUGAAGCCAAAUGAGAGGACAUACAAUAUACUAGUUAGAGCUUGGUGUAACAAGAGAAACAUUGAUGAAGCUUGGAAUGUGGUAGACAAGAUGGUUGCAUUUGGUUUGAAGCCAGAUGUUGUCACAUUUAACAUACUAGCUAGGGCUUUAUUCGUAAUGAACUUGUCAUCGAAGUUGGUGUUAAUUGUUGAUGCUAUGGAGGAGUACGGAAUCAAGCCUGACGUGGUGACCUAUAGCUGGAUAAUGGAUACAUGGGGAUCUGCAGGUAUCAUGGACCAAUGCCUAGAGAUAUUCAACGACAUGUUGAAAGCUGGAAUCGAACCAGACAUCCAUGCAUUCAGCAUCCUCGCGAAAGGUUACGUGCGAGCUGGGGAACCAGAUAAGGCUCAUUCGGUUCUGGCAUCCAUGGGACACUACAACGUGCGCCCAAACGUAGUAAUAUGCACCACCAUCAUCAGCGGCUGGUGUAGUGCUGGAGAAAUGGACACUGCAAUGGAAGUCUACGAGAGGAUGUGUGAGAUAGGGAUUUCGCCGAAUUUGAAAAUGUUCGAGACUCUGAUAUGGGGAUAUGGAGAGGCCAGGCAGCCAUGGAAAGCACAGGAGUUGCUGCAAGUCAUGGAGGAGAAAGGAGUGUCUCCAGGGAAGAGCACUAUGCAGCUCAUUUCAGAUGCCUGGCUAGCCGUUGGUUUAACAAGUGAAGGCAAGAGAAUUGUGAAUGAAGGAGAAGAAGAAGCAGAAAAUUCUAAGGUUGCUUUAGAUACAAGAGAGGAUGAGUUCCCGAAAGACCUAGAUCUCUCGGCCUCUUAUUCCAACGUGUUGGAGUUUCCUGGAGAUACUCUGAAGGGUCCAAAUGGAUCAUCAUCUCCUGUUGUUAAGAUGAGAAGCCAAAUGAUUCUGAAAAGCCCCAGGUCUGCAUCAGAGACCUUAUUGCCAAGUCAGAAAUCAAAGUUCUUUUUUCGCGCAUCUGGUUUUCGAAGGCAGCCACGAGUUAUCUGUAGAAGGCAGGAUCAAAGCUUUUCUUGCAUUUGUGGGAAGUUCAUGAGAUCAUGUGGCAUCUUGUCCAUUGCGUAA